CCGAGCAAAUAGCUCGUUCUUUGAAAAAUCAACUCGUAUGCCGUAUUUGGGUGUCCUCGGGCAUUUUUGACCAGAUGGUAGCGGUUAGCAAGGGCGAAGUUCGUUAGGUUGGGACCGCCAUGCAAAGCACGAUCGGCAGCAGUUACUGCCUUGUGCGGUCGCUCCCUUCGUGCGCCUGUGGGCGCCCGUCGAUCCGUAAAUAUGCGGUGCCUGUUUUGCGACAGCAGGAAGCAGGGAUGGAUCGUAGCAGAGGCGACGGGGGCGCGCCACAACAUCAGCGGCGGCUCUGGCCGGCACCAACUUCACGCAGAGCUUGACAGUAAAGCAGUGAAGUGUGCUCGAAAUGCGCCGUGAUGCCAUGAAACGAAGACGAAAAUUAGUUGCGAACGGCGAGCGAAGCAAGUCUCGUAGUAACAAACAACAAACAGCGGCGAUGGCGGAGUUUCGGACCUUUAAUGCGACCGUUCUCGGUAUAAAGCAAGCUCUGAUACCAACUAGCGAGCAUGCGAGAGGCACGGGUAAGCGUUUUUCACGAUUAUUCGCGCAAUAAAUGCGCCCAUUUCUUGGCACUUCGCAGCGAUUGCAAAUGGCGUAGCCAGUGGCACGUGAUCAACGCUCUUGAGUAACUGCUGUGCUGCCGUGGUCCCCAGGUGUUGUCUCCUAGCAACAAAAGCCGAAAGUUCCAGUCCGCAAAAUUCGAAUUUCUCUCAUUUAUAUCCUUUUGACGAACACGGGAGUAGCCCUUUUUAUUUAAAAGAACCGGCGUUGUUUUUAAGGGGCCGCGCAUGCCCCCACCUGCUUGACAUGAGUCAUUACUGCGUCGAAUCAAAGCGCCUCGACAAUUUGGAAGCCAUGGUCCGCGCUUGCACCCUUGCAUCAACUUGCGCUCGCGUUUGGACGAGCUGUUGAAGUAGACAAUGAGCAAUUAAUAUCCGCAUUUGGGCUAACCUAGGGACUACUGCGUGAAAUAAUCGAGGUGUGGUGGUUUACAACAUUGAAGAUGCUAUUUUUUGGCUCGACCAAUAAGAAAGGCGCUUGUGCACGUGACGUUGUCCUUCCUCGGCGAAGCAUUGACUGUGAUUGGACGGUUUGAACGUGACCUCAUGAAUAGUAAUGAGUUUGCUACGGCGUACACGUACUUUUGAAGGAGACCCCAUAUUGAGGUUGCCGCGCUGUUUGGCGCCCGCUUUUUCAGAGCUCCCAGUAUUCUGUCGCCGGUCGGCUGUGUGCCAUUCGCCUCUGCUGCUGUCGUUCAAAUGGAGAAGAGGAUCGAACUGGAAAAGCGGGGGAAAAACCCCGAACAGAUACACGAGCUAAACCUCGACAACUGCAGAAGUACCGCCAUCGUAGGCCUCACAGAAGAGUUCGUCAACUUGGAAUCACUCAGCCUUAUAAAUGUGGGUUUGACGAGUCUCAAAGGAUUUCCCAAGCUGCCCAACCUGAAGAAGUUGGAGCUUAGUGACAACCGAAUUUCCGGCGGUCUCAACCUCCUGCAUGGAAGUCCCAAGCUGACACAUUUAAACUUGAGUGGAAACAAGAUCAAAGGACUCGAGACACUGGAACCGCUGAAGGAGUUCAAGAACCUGAAGAACUUAGACCUGUUCAACUGUGAGGUGACCAGCAUUGAAAACUACCGGGACAGGGUUUUUGAGCUCAUCCUCAGCCUCAAGUACCUGGACGGCUACGACCGGGACGAGAAGGAGGCAGAGGACUCGGAGGUGGACGAGGAAGACGGGAAUGAGGACGAGGAGGAAGAGAAUGAUGUGGAUGGAGAGAGUGACGGUGAGUCUGCACCAGGAUCACUCGUGCGAGCAUUGCGAGAGAGUUCCCGUUUCCUUGCAGAGGAUGAUGAGGAUGACGUGAAUGUGGAUGAUGAAGAGGACGAGGAUGGGGAAGAGGAUGAUGAUGUGGAUGACGAGGAGGAUGGAGAGGAAGAGGUCGGUCUCGAAUACCUAGAAAAGGAUGACAUUGAUGAGGAGAGUGAAGGAGAGUUCUUCAAUCCUUAUGGUGCAGAGGAUGACGAAGACGGUGAAGGUGAAGAAAAUGCAUCUCCGAAAGGCCAGAAGAGAAAGAGAGAAGACGACGGGGAGGAAGACUGAGCACAUGCAACUGAAACAUCCCGGCAUCUUUAAUUUAGAUUUUCUUUAUUCAUUGUCACCCGUAGACUUGUACAGCGGCAGGUGGAAAAAAAAACAUGAAAUGCAACAUCACAAUCGCAUCAUUCUCAGUACCUGUCCCAAGCCCCCCUCAUCUGGAUUUCCUGCGUCAGCUUGGAGGGCUGUUUACAUGCAGCUUUCAACAAGAUGAAAAGGGGCUGCUUUUUUUUUUUUCCUAUUUCAUUUUAUUGUUUCCCUGCCACAGAAAAAAAAAAAAGCCACAUUUUAUCUUGUGUAUAGCUCUGUACCAUUACAACAGUUGCACUUUACCUCAGACCAGCUUUGAGGCAAAGUGUGCAUGCCACACAUUCCCUAACCCUGAGCUCUGUUCCUCUUUGGGGAAACUGCUGGUUUGGCAAUGAGCAGGGCGGCGGAGACUGGUGGGGGCAGAGCGCCAGCCUUUAGGGACAGGGUGCAGCAUGAGCACAUUACAUCAUCGUCAUCUUCCGAGACUCCCUUCUGCCACUUUCUUUCGUCGGUUCCCCUUUGAAAACACUUCCAUGAUGAUGAAAAUGAGGUUCUUUUUAUUGUUGCAUCAAGAGGUGCAAAAGGGAGGCCUGCACUCUGCCAAUUUAAAACUCGUAACUUGCAUAGUGCAGGCUUUGCUGUUGCAGUCAUCGUGUUCUGCGAUGCAGGUAUGCCACUUGGGUGCAGAAGUGUAAAUUAUCAGCAAGGGCUUUGUCCAUGUUUGGUUCCAUUGUUAAAUAAAGUUUUUACUGAAACUGCUUGA